AUGUUCAUAAAUAAUAUUCCAGUCGACCCAAGUGUCCACGAUGCCUUUCAUGCCUAUAUGUCAAACAAACCAAAAAUUGUAACUGCUACCGGAGCAUCCCGAAUGUCCAAAGCAGUCAAAAAACCGCCAUCCCCGAAAGCUUCGACCUCGGAAUUUUUCAAGUGUAAAACAGAGGUGGACGAUACUCCAACAGAAUGUGCAUCCAGGAAGAAAAAAGGUGUUGAGACAGACAUGACAGGCCAGAAAUGUCGGGUUUGUGGAGACGAGAGAGCCAAUAGACACUAUGGAACAAUCGCUUGUAAUGGGUGCAAAGGGUUCUUUAGGAGAAGCAUCUGGGAAGAGCGUGACUAUGUCUGUCGCUAUGGUGGAAGGUGUCUCAUCGUACAAGAAUAUCGCAACCGAUGUAGAGCAUGUCGAUUCAGAAAGUGUUUUACGGUGGGGAUGGAUGCAAGAGCGGUUCAAUCGGAACGUGAUAAGAGUAUGAGGAAGAUGAAGCGGUCGUCGAGAAAAGAGGCAACAGAGCGAUCGACUCCAUAUUCUGUAUACUCACUCCCCUCCACACCAGCUGCGGAGGGGUCAUCUGGUACCCCUCAAUAUAAUGUGCCAUUUGUCCAAUACUUAAUGGACUUGGAGAAAUCUACAGAUGGUAUGGUGGAUAUCAGCUAUAACUUUACAAAUAUGGACCCGACUUUUUCCACGUCGGUGAUCAUCGAGACUGCGUUCAGAGAGCCUGGAAUAGUAUCGAAGAGAACUUUGCCGCGAUGGGGAGAUAUGGAACGGGUAGCUACCGUGAAUGAUAUUCCAGUCACCUGGUGUAGAUCAUUUGUGUUAUGUGUGGAUUAUGCGAAAGCUUUGAGUGAUUUCCGGGAGCUAGAGGAGGCUGACCAGUUUACGCUUCUUAGAAAUCGAGUGGUGGCGCUGAACUGGUUUUGUCAUGCUUAUAAGACUUUCAAAGCAGGGUGUGAUGGAGUUGUUCUUGUGAAUGGUACUUGGUACCCUAGGGAUCCUCAACUUCAAACAUCACUUGAACCCGGAUGCAAUAACUAUUUCCGAGUACUUUCUGAACACUUGAUGCAGAAUCUUGUGCUCCCUAUGAGAGACUUGGAGAUGGAUGAUGGAGAAUUUGUGAUUUUGAAAAUUAUAGUUUUGUUCAAGGCUUACUGCCGACUAUCAGAACAUGGGGAUGCGACUAUCAAACAAACUCAUGAGAAGUGUAUAGAUUCCUUGUAUGAGCACAUUCAGGUGCAGCACCCCGACUUCACUCCACAACAGAUCUCAAUGAGAAUAAGCAAGAUUCUCCUAUUACUGCCAAGUCUUGAGAUAGUGUUUGAUGAGCAGAAUGAAGAAAAGGUUAGUGGGAGGCAACAGUGGCAAGAAAAGAAACUCUCAGAGGAUUAUAAUGUUCUAAUUGUGCAGUCUUACAGAGUAUUGGCGUGA